GUUCCGCCUCUCCAGUCUUCUUGACGCCAGCUAGAACAUGGGAAUCGGGAGAGUGGGGAAAGACAUUGAAAAAAGGAAAAUGAAAAAACAGUUUCUUGUCUGAGCUAACUAUAGAAGGGGAAUAAGGAAGCUUUCGGCUUGCUUCAAAUCUUCAAAGGUUUCUGCCUGCAACCUCUGGGACUGGCCUUUCCCCGUAGCUUGGCAUGGGCCAGGGGCCACAGGCUGGUGAGAGAUACAAACAAGCGACAGAAAACCGAAAAGGAGUUUGAAUAGCAAAGCGCUUCUCUCCCAUCCUCCAUUGAGGCUACGCGUCGGGACCUCCGGCUGCAGCUUUCACUCCACGAGCUGCAUCCAAGCAUCUUGGAAGACGGCGACGUCCUGAUCUCAACCCGUCCCCCGUCCCCCCCCUCUCCCCAUCUGCUCCCACCCCUUCCCUCCCCAUCCCAGGUUUGUGGCUGGCUAGCUCCUGCGUCCCCCCCCACACCCCCCAACCCCCUCUGUGGCGCUGACCCAGCUACGUCCACCUCGCUGAGGGCCCUUCCUGAGCGCUGUGCAGCUGCAUCCUGCCUCAAACUUCCUGUCAUUGGCUGUACAAGGCUAUAGCCUCCUCUCUACCUCCACCCCCCCACUCACACACACUCACACACCCUAUUGACCGUUGACCACACACACACACCAUCCUCCACCCUGUUGACAGCGGUUCAAGGAGAACCCCGCCUCCCAUACCCAUCCAGGUGCAUCCCUCCUGUCCGCAUCCUCUCCCCCCCCCCCCCCCCCCCCCCCCCCUCCUCCACCAUGACCUCCAUGUCCAGCCUGUUCUCCUUCACCAGCCCGGCUGUCAAGCGCCUGCUGGGCUGGAAACAGGGGGACGAGGAGGAGAAGUGGGCUGAGAAGGCGGUGGACGCCCUGGUCAAGAAGCUGAAGAAGAAGAAGGGGGCCAUGGAGGACCUGGAGAAGGCCCUCAGCAGCCCUGGGCAGCCCAGCAAGUGUGUGACCAUCCCACGCUCUCUGGACGGGAGGCUCCAGGUGUCUCACAGGAAAGGGCUGCCCCACGUCAUCUACUGCAGGGUGUGGCGCUGGCCCGACCUGCAGUCCCACCACGAGCUCAAGCCCCUGGAGGUCUGCGAAUACCCCUUCGGCUCUAAGCAGAAGGAAGUCUGCAUAAACCCCUACCACUACACGCGGGUGGAGAGUCCGGUCCUCCCCCCGGUCCUGGUGCCCCGGCACAGCGAGUUCAACCCCCAGCACAGCCUGCUGGUCCAGUUCCGGAACCUCACCCACAACGAGCCGCACAUGCCCCUCAACGCCACCUUCCCAGAGUCCUUCCAGCAGCACAGCGGUGGCAACGGAGGCGGUAGCGGAGGCUCCUCCUUUCCCAUUUCGCCCAACUCGCCCUACCCCCCCUCGCCGGCCAGCAGCGGCACCUACCCCAACUCCCCCGCCAGCUCGGGCCCUUCCAGCCCCUUCCAGCUGCCAGCUGACACCCCACCCCCGGCCUACAGGCCCCCUGAUGAGCAGAUUGGCCAGGAAGGCUCUCAGUCCAUGGAGACCGGAAGCAGCAUGGUGGUGCCUCAAAACAUGCCCAGAGGAGAUGUUCAGCCGGUGGAGUACGAGGAGCCCAGCCACUGGUGCUCCAUUGUCUACUACGAGCUGAACAACCGGGUGGGCGAAGCCUACCAUGCCUCCUCCACCAGCGUCCUGGUGGACGGCUUCACCGACCCCUCCAACAACAAGAACCGCUUCUGCCUGGGCCUGCUCUCCAACGUCAACCGCAACUCCACCAUCGAGAACACACGCCGGCACAUCGGCAAAGGGGUCCACCUGUACUACGUGGGUGGGGAGGUGUACGCCGAGUGCUUGAGCGACACCAGCAUCUUCGUCCAGAGCCGCAACUGCAACUACCACCACGGCUUCCACCCCACCACCGUGUGCAAGAUCCCCAGCGGCUGCAGCCUCAAGAUCUUCAACAACCAGGAGUUCGCCCAGCUGCUGGCCCAGUCCGUCAACCACGGCUUCGAGGCCGUCUACGAGCUCACCAAGAUGUGUACCAUCCGAAUGAGUUUUGUCAAGGGUUGGGGAGCAGAGUAUCACCGACAGGAUGUGACUAGCACCCCCUGCUGGAUAGAGGUGCACCUGCACGGCCCACUCCAGUGGCUAGACAAAGUGCUGACACAGAUGGGCUCUCCCCUCAAUCCAAUCUCCUCUGUGUCCUAAUAAUGGCUCCUACACAGGGAAAGGGAGGGGGUUCAAUAGGGGGUUCUUGUACUCUUUCUCUUUUUUUUUUUUAUUGAUACUUUUUUAUUUUGCAAUGUUCUAUGAGAAAAGGAGGUCUUAAAGGCCAAACUGUUUACAUGCUGACUGUAGAAGGGCUCCUGAACCCUAGAGCAUCAGCAGAAUUAUGUUGUGAAAGAAACUGGGGCUACAAGCGAAUAGAAAGGAGCAGCAUGACAUGGACACACUACUGCUCACACACUAGCUACCAACUUCUGCAUUGAAUGAGAGUAGACUGGAAAGCAUGUACCUGAAAAUGUUCCGAUUUUGCAUAAAAAAGUUUCCAUCGUUUUUGAAUGAUUUUAACUUUCUAUAUGUUUAGUUUUUUGAAAGAAACAUUAAUUGUGUAUCGCUCACUACUCAAUCUUACAUCAGUCAAACAACAUGCAAUUAAUCUGAACGUGUCAGCCCCUCCCUACGGUUUGUCUAAUGCCAGAUAUAUACAUAAAGUAUAGCUGCCAUUAUAUGUUUACCAGACUCAAAUCUCGUAAAUGUUUCCUUUUUAUAGUUUCUAUUGAUAGUAACAAAACUCUUGAGUUACUGCCUUUUAAAUAAAGUAUGUCUAACUAUUAACUUUGAUAUGGGAGAGCAAUUACUGAAUGUUUCAAACAGCUGGUAAGCUAAGAAAAAAACUUCAGUGACAUUUUUUUCAAAAGAAGUACGCAUUUGUAUUAUAAUUAAAAAUCGACGUCCAGUUUUUGUCCUACUACAUUAAAGUGAGAUUUUUUGUAGGCUUUAACUCGCUUUAUUAACAACGUUGUUGCACACAUGGAUUUUUUUUAAUGUAAGGUAAGUUUUGAUUGGGUACCGUGGCAUUAUGAUGAUCUAUAUUAUCACUAGCACAAUGAAAUAAAACAGGUUACUGGUAACAAUGA